UUAGCUCGGCGCUGGCGAGUGUUGAGAGAUCCACGGGGAGAGCAGGGAGCUGCGCCCGGCUGGAGGAUCCAUCAGAUCCCAUCAGCAGCCUCCGGAGAGGGCUGGUGGCAGGCCAGAUCUGGCAGAUAGCUGAUAUGAGGACUUUGCUGACUUCAGAAAGCUGAGUGUAACACCAACAGACUUCAGUGAAAGGCGAUAUUAUCCCUCCAAGCAACUCAUACACAGAAAACUUUUGGUAGCUUUAAAUUAACCUGUUGCUCACCUGCAAAGAUAAGGCUACUGUUUCUUUCAGCACACAUGGAGGAAGGCAACAAACUUUGUAACCCUGGCUAAUAAGACUGUGGCUUUCUUAUCAAAAGUAGGAGGUAGGCCAAUUCUAAAAGGAUUAUUUUGUAUUUAACCUCCAGGACUUUAACUCUGGCCUGAACACUGGACAUAAAUAGAAGCCAAUUUUAAUGACCUGAGAUUUUGCUACCCGUGCUUUAUUAUUGUUAUCAGUUCUUUACCACUUUGGUACUUUAUUUCUUUAAGUUAGAAAUGGGUUCGUGGACAAGAAUGUUGCCCACAGAUUGGGCUGUUCUCAUGAAAUCAUGGCUUAUCUUUUCCCUGGGGCUUUACAUGCAGGUCUCCAAAACUUUGGCCUGCCCAAAAGUAUGCCGCUGUGAUCGAAACUUUGUCUACUGUAAUGAGCGAAGCUUGACCUCAGUGCCUCUUGGGAUACCGGAGGGUGUAACCGUCCUCUACCUCCAUAAUAACCAAAUUAAUAAUGCUGGAUUUCCUGCAGAGUUGCACAACGUCCAGUCUGUGCACACAGUCUACCUGUAUGGCAACCAAUUGGAUGAAUUCCCCAUGAACCUGCCCAAGAAUGUCAGGGUUCUCCACCUGCAGGAAAACAACAUUCAAACCAUUUCUCGAGCCGCCCUUGCUCAGCUUUUGAAGCUGGAAGAGCUGCACCUAGAUGACAACUCCAUCUCCACUGUCGGUGUUGAGGAUGGGGCAUUCCGGGAAGCCAUCAGCCUCAAGCUUCUGUUCUUGUCCAAGAAUCACUUAAGCAGCGUACCAGUAGGCCUUCCAGUGGACUUACAAGAACUUCGAGUAGACGAAAACCGAAUUGCUGUCAUUUCAGACCUGGCCUUCCAGAAUCUUACAAGUCUGGAGCGUCUGAUUGUGGAUGGCAAUCUGCUUACUAAUAAAGGCAUAGCUGAAGGCACCUUCAGCCACCUCUCCAAGCUCAAGGAAUUCUCAAUAGUGAGGAAUUCACUGACCUACCCUCCUCCUGAUCUUCCAGGUACACAUCUGCUAAGGCUCUACUUGCAGGACAACCAGAUAACCCAUAUACCACUUACAGCCUUUUCAAACCUCCACAAGCUGGAACGUCUUGAUAUUUCCAACAAUCAACUCCGGAUGUUGGUAAAGGGGGUAUUUGAUAACCUCCACAACCUGAGGCAACUCACUGUAAGGAAUAAUCCCUGGUUGUGUGACUGCAGUAUUAAGUGGGUAACUGAAUGGCUCAAAUUUAUUCCUGCUUCCAUCAAUGUACGGGGUUUUAUGUGCCAGGGACCGGAGCAGGUCCGAGGUAUGGCAGUCAGGGAGCUCAAUAUGAAUAUGUUAUCAUGCCCCACCACCACUCCUGGUCUGCCACUUAUCAUCACCCCAGUCCCAGCUACAGCCAUGCCAACUACAUUAGUUCCCAUCUCAUCAGUUCCUCCUCCAAGUAGCAAAUAUAAUCCUCUCACUCCCACCAUAGCCUCACUCCCCACUGUGCCUGUCAGGGAGGACAGAGAAAGGGUGACACCUCCUAUAUCUGAACGGAUUCAACUCUCCAUCCAUUUUGUGAAUGACACUUGCAUCCAAGUUAACUGGAUGUCUCUUUUUACCGUGAUGGCGUAUAAACUCACAUGGGUUAAAAUGGGCCAUAGUCUGGUAGGAGGAAUUGUUCAGGAACGAAUAGUUAGUGGUGAGAAGCAACACUUGAAUUUGGUAAAUUUGGAGCCCAAAUCCACCUAUCGGAUUUGUUUAGUUCCACUGGAUACUUACAACAAUUACCGAACUGGAGAAGACACUGUCUGUUCAGAAGCUACAACCAAGGCUUCCUUUUUGAGCAAUGGCAGCAACAUCCCCUCCAGCCAUGAGCAGACAACUUCUCAGAACCUGGGUUCCCCAUUUCUGCUGGCAGGGUUAAUUGGGGGUGCAGUGAUAUUUGUCCUUGUGGUCCUGCUCAGCAUUUUUUGCUGGCACAUGCACAAAAAAGGGCGUUACACCUCCCAGAAGUGGAAAUAUAACCGGGGCCGUCGGAAAGACGACUACUGUGAGGCAGGGACCAAGAAGGACAACUCCAUCCUGGAGAUGACGGAAACCAGCUUCCAGAUUGUCUCCUUAAAUAAUGAUCAGCUCCUUAAAGGAGAUUUUAGACUGCAGCCCAUUUAUACCCCAAAUGGGGGCAUUAACUACACAGACUGCCACAUCCCCAACAACAUGCGAUACUGCAACAGCAAUGUCUCAGACCUGGAGCACUGUCAUACGUGAUAGUGAGGGAAGAUGGGGGUGUCUAGGACAAAGAGAAAAAACUCUGGAAAAAAUAACCCCCCAACAACAAUGAAAAAAUUACAUUUGAUAAAUGUUACACAGAUGCAUUUAUGCAUUUGAAUACUCUGUAAUUUAUACGGUGUACUAUAUAAUGGGAUUUAAAAAAAAAAAAAAGUGCUAUCUUUUCUAUUUCAAGUUAAUUGCAAAUGGUUUUGUAACUCUUUGCUUUUUAAAUCUUUAAAAAAUAUUGCUAAGUACUGUACAGGGUUGUAGAAUAAGAACCCAAUGUCAUGGCGAAGGAAAGAAUGACUCAUUCUUCAAACAUUAACCACUUUGCUGUCGAAGCUGUCUGAGGGAUGUUAAGUUUCUUGGUGUCCUGUAGUACAGGAAAAUAAGUGCAUAUUAAAACAGGAUUACUAGGAAUGGACAAAGGCAAUUCACAUAAAAUGGAUACAACCCUUCUCACUUGAACCCAGCAGUUGCUGUUGAGCUUCAAACAAAUGGAAAUACUUCCAUUCCCCUUUGUCAGUUCUGCAUUUCCUACCUCCAACUGAAAGCUGGAGUUCUGAGUGCUACCAAAAAGGCUGCUUGCUUGUUUGAUUACUUUUCUCCCAAUAUACUUGGAAUAGGAAAGGUAGACAAAGCUCAGUGUCUAACUCAAAGUGACCUUGAUUCCUAUUUGCAAAAGCUACUCUGAAAAUGUCCCCCAAUACUAUAUACUUUUAUAAUAGAAAGUGUUCCUCUUUUUCAUCUUGAUAAAGAAGCUUUAGGCAUUCUCUGACCCUUCACAGUGGGAGAUGAAGGUUAUCAGUGUGUAACAGAUAGCUGUCAUUAAGUUGGACCUCUCCUUAAUAGAGCAGCAUUUGUUGACACAGCAUGUUCAGGUAAAGCCUGAAUGACAGAAAUUCUGAGUGCUCCCAGCUUUAUAGUAUUCAUGUAGAACCUGGAAUCUAAAAGUGUAAAUUGCUGAAAACAUGACGCAAAAUAUGAUGCUAAUGAAAAGGUUGUUACUGACUUAUGUUUCAGGCUCUGAUUUAGGGAUCUGAGUUAUGUUCAGUAUGGAGAAGUAGGAAAAAAAGACAAACAAACAGAAAAAAAAAAUAGAAAAGUCUUUAAAAAAUUUAUUUAUUAUUGGAAAGGCCUCUGGGCCUAUUGUGAACUGAAAUAUGUUCAACAGGGAAAAUCACGUAUAAAUUCUGGUUGGGGUGGGUUUUUUUCCCCAUUCAAGUAUACAGUGACAGACAUUAACUCAGCAUAUUAUUAGCUGAGGAAUUUUGAGGACACUGUCCCUCUGAAGUUACCCUUCUUUUAUCUUAAGCUUUUGGAAAUUUUCCACAAUGAUCUGUGCUUUUUAAGCAGUAGGUAGGCUUAGAAUUUGUUUUUUUAUUCCCUCAAAUUCUUUAGCUGGAAUACGUUCUGAGUCCUUGAGCUUUACAUGCAGUAUGUGAAACAUCAUGUUUGUAUUAAAACGAUGAUGCUGCUUUCAAGAUUGUAUAAUGUUCCAGCCACUCCAUUGACUCUGUGACUGCCAAGAACUCUGGAUUUCUUGCCAGCUCAGUGGUGGAAUCUAAUUCUUCCUUUCUUUCAGUUUGUUUGUUUUUUAAUGAGGCUCACUUUCUCCUAAGCUUGGGGACAAGCAAAAGUUCACAACAAAGAGAAAAAAAGAGAGACAAAACUUUCCUGUGGGAGUAGGGAACCAAAGAGAAAACAUUUUAGUUACCAGCUAGGGACAAGAAGAAGCUAUUAGAGGUGGAUUGGAAGUAAAGGCUGAAGAACUUUCACUGUGGAAUGCUUAGACUUUUCACUUUAUGAGGCUGCUUAUGUUGGGAGAGAGGGUUUUAAUCCUUUCCUUUGCUCAUUUCACUCAACCCAUUCUUGAAACCCAGCAGUCUAUGAGUGUGCAGUUUCUGAAAUUCAAACGGCAUGAUAACACUCAUUUUCUGCAAUGGCAAAAUAAAUCCAGUUAUGAUUGAUGGCAAAGUACAAUCAUCAUAUAAGGAACUGCAACCUCACCCCAACAACAUUUAUAAUCACAUUUUGAAAUUCCAAUCUAUAUUCUGUAUAUUUGCUAUUUUCUCCAGCCAUAACAGGUAUUUUAGGGAACCUGUGUGGCUACUGUAAUAGUUAAGUCACUGAAAUUUUGUUGAAUAAAAGGCUGCCAUAUGAUUUCAAAUGGUGUAAUUAUAGGUAGACACGUCUAUGCAAAGUGGUUUUUUCUGUGACCUAUUUACUGAAGAUUAUGAUGAGAAGGUUGAUUGAUACCUUUGUUUCUUCAACAUGUUUUAGGCACCAAAGCCCACAAGACAAGCAGCAAAUAGUUGUGCUUCUGCACGCUUCCAUUGCAUGCUGGAGUUUGUUUGAAAUUAAAUAGAGUCAGAGAUUUCCAUUGGGUGUGGAUGUAAUAUUUAAUUUCACUGAAAUAACUAGCUGUAUGUUUGAUUUCAAAAGGCAUCCUUUGAAAGUAUGUGCUUACUAGAGUUUCAUACUUCAGUGACUGAUGAUGGAGGAACAUUUGUCCUCCUUGAUGAACAUCUUCUGUUCUAGGCCUCAGGAUACCAUAGUUUCAAGAUGAGCUAGGCGCCUUAUAUGUAGCAAAUUACUUAUUCAGGGAGUUCAGCCAUACUGCAGGUGAAUGAUCCACAAGCCCAAAACUGAUUACAACAAAUACUGUUACUGUCCUAAUAGGGUGAAACCGGAAGACAUUCACAAACUGUUCACUUUGAUCUUGGAUGAUGAAAUGUUUGUAUCUGUCUGUGGACUAUUACUCACUUACCUAGAUCAAAAAUCAGAAUGAUAUUAAAGAUAGCAUAGUUUAUACUUCUUUUCAGUAUGAAUAAUAAUAUAUAUAUUGGUAUGGGAUAUUGACACUUUCUUUUAUAUAAAUGCUCUUCUGAAAAACAGUAGCAAACCGCUUAUAACAAAAUUUGUGCAUAGAACUGGGAGUAUUAUCUAAAAAACUAUCACAGUGGUAGUCAACUGAAAGGUCAUACAUUUAAUUUGAAAAAUAUGUCUCCCAAUUCUGAUUGCUAUCCAGCUGCAAAAGAGUUAAUGUAUUUCAACCUACAACACAGUUUGGGACUUUUCAAAGUGCCAGUGACAGAAACAGCUGAGACAUCAUUUCAGGUCACAUCUAGAAAAGUACAUAAUGAGGAAUUUUCACUAGUUAAAGUAUUCAGAAAAAGUCAGAGUUAAAAAUGGUCUUUUGACUAUGUAAAGUUUAAGAUUAGGUUUUCCCUUGGGCAUCAUAAAAAUGGUGUCAUCUUCACUUGUUGCAAAUGUUUGACCAGAGAUACUAACUAAAGGCUGUAGAACAGAAGCCCCAAAUGUGUCUAUAUGCAACUCAUCCAAAGUGUUCACUUCCAGGUCCUGGUUUGAACAGGUGUAUCGGACCUUGGGGCCCAUGUGUGGUUUACAGACAAAAAUCUCACCCAUUUUCCAUUGUAUACUGCUAAGACCUGACAUAAAUGUACAGAAAAGAUUGGUGAGCGAAAUAAGAGUUUAAGUGAAAUUAUGUUAAAGCAGUAUCAUAACACUGCUGUGCCCAGUGCUUGGGUUCCUUCUGAAAACUUAUUUAUUACAAGACCAUGUUCUCACAGAUUCUGUCACUAUAACAAGUGUUCCUUGCAUGUACCUUGCUAGCAAAAACAAACAGCUGAUGAAUGUGUGGACUUUGUGUUGACAGGUUCUUAUUGGAGACAUUAUUACUGAAUUUCUUUAUAAGAAUAUUUAGGGAUUGGGUUACUUUGGACUGAAAAGGUUUUAGCAGUUUUCCCUGUAAGCCAGUAAAGGACUACAAUGAAUGUCACAUAAAACAGAAAAAUGAAGUAACAUAUGCUAUUUGCUACUAGAGUAGUUUAACUAUAUUUUUCUCUCAAUCAUUUUCUCUUCUCAUGAGAGAAAAUUUCUCCCUCAGAGAAAUGUAUCAAUUUUAAUUUUGCAAGCAAAAGAACUUUAUACAUAUUGUAUUGUUGUUACGGUUUUAAGGGUCUACAUAAGGCACUUUAUUAAUGACGUUGAAGUGAAAGUUCAGUCUCAGCUUUUGACAGUGAAGUGGUUAAUUCCCAUUGAAUUCUCCAUUUAUAGUAUUUCUUCACCUUAAAUUUAACAUGGAGAUAUUAAAGUUUUUUCUUUAGAACAUGAGAAUAAUGGUUUUACUCAAUGUCUUUCCAGCACAGUGGAAAAACAAAACAGAAAUGAGUGCCAAAACCAAAAGUUAAUGGCUCUGAGCCUCAUCAAAUCCUGCCUGAUGCUUUCUUCUAAACACAGAGAUAAUCUUAGGAAGCUGAUGAUCACUCCUUGCCUGAACUCUACUGAACAGGGCACUUCGUAUCCCAGAUGAUACUACAGGCAAUAUUGAAGCAUUUGGCAUUAAACUUCUGUACAGCAGUGAAUGUCUUGCUCUUUAAAAGGACGCUGGCUAGUAGUCCAUCUGGAAAACUAGUACAAAAGAGAUUUGGCAAGCUUUUAUUAUACUGGGGGUCCGUGGAAAUGUGCCUCAUAAGAGCUGAAUUCUGAUCAUCUCAGAAACAGAUAAGGUACUAACAAAUUGUUAUCAUCACUUGGUCCCAAAUAUCUGAAGAUGAUCUUUCAUAAAAUUGAUUUUAACUGAGACAUGCACACUUGAUUCUGUUCUGUGUUUAGUAUACUUUCUAUCUUUAACAUGGAAAAAUAGAUGGUUUGAAGUCUGCAUUAUCUGUUUCCUGCAAUCUACCAUGUUGCACGCAUUGUUAACUUCAAAACUUCACUAUACACUAUAUAUUAUCUUGUUGACAUAUUCAGUAAAGAGUUAUUUAAAAAAAAUACAACAAUCCUGCUGUAUUUAUAUGAGCAAGUUAAUUAAAAUAAGGAUGUGAUUAUCUGAAAGGGAAAACAGAAAAACAAAAGUAUCAAUCUUCUGUACUUUCAUUCCUGGAAAUAUUUUCAAAUGUUCUACUGUACAUCCACCCUCUCUUCAGAUUCUAAAAGGCAGAUAUUUUAAUCUUCUGUCUCUCAAAGAGUCCAACCAUUUGUUAUUUCAAUUUCUCAGAAUUAAUCCUAUCUUUAAAAUAUUAUCUCAUUCUGAUAUGCAUACAGGAGAGCACUGUAAAACAAGAACAGAUUGUGUUCCAGUGUUUGCAAUUAAUAGGUACGUUUAAGCAGCUACACACUUCUGUAACAAAUGUAUGUAUGUGGAAGCUGUGACCCAUUAUAUGCUUAGUCAUUUGAUAAAUGCAUUUGACAUUCAUCCUUGACAAUCUUAAACCUGCCUUUUACCUAUUAUUAUUUAAUCUGUUUUCUUGAAAUGAAAUGUGAUUUUUUUUCCCAAUUUUCCCUUCAAAAUUGUUCUUGAAUUUUCAGAAUGCACAACAUUCAGACAUAGGCCUUAAUAAAUUUUUUUAUAUCUUAUACCUAACAUAUAUGGUAAUAUAUACAGCAUAUAUAAAGAGAUAUUUUAGCUACUUAGAAAUGGAAAUUAUCCUUCUUCUAGCUACAUAUACAAGAACCAAUUUUGGCUUUGCCAGAACCUGAAAUACUGAGUGUUGCAAGCUAUAUCACUUCAAAGAUUAGAAAUGUAAUAUUGCUGUCAAAGUUCUUCUAUAAAUUACCUUAUUCUCUGAUUUAACCCUGAAUAUCAAGUAAAACUACCAAGAGCUGCUGUGUAAUAAAUCCACAUCCAGGCCACCCCCUUAAUAUGUUUCCCUGAGCUUGAUGUUUCUUCUGAGCCAGAUCAGACCUUAGUAACUAAAUCUUCUUGCCUUAACACAGGAAGGUGGACAUCAGAGGUAAAGUAAAUGAUAAACAGAUCAUAACAUUGUGAUCAUUUAUGUAUUUUUGGCAAAAAAUAAUGGCUUCAUCAUAUUCAAUUGAUGAUUUUGUUUUCUCAAAAAAAAAAAGUUGGCAGACACUGACUACUUCAUCAGAUUAUCUUUUAAUAGCCACAAAUUAUUAAUAGUAGGAGAGAUCAAUCAAUAUUUACUUUUUAUAGUUCUAAGCUCAGUUAUCUGGAGCUAUUCACAUACAUGUGCAUGUGUGUAUAAAUUCCUGGGGUUGUGUAUAGAGGGUUUAGUUACAAGGAACUCCAAAAGCAACCACACAGAGGAGUAUUUUUUGUUAUUGUUCAGUCAACAUUUUUCAAUAUUUCACUAUAAAACCAGUUCUAUCUAAGACCAUUUAUAGUGCCACAUGGAGAAACUACAUUUGGUCAUUAAAAUAUGAAGCAAACAUUUUAAUUCUACUUGAAGUGCCACUGUCAGUGAAGGUUCAAACUAAAAAUCACUAAAAUACUUGUAUUGUGCAGGUAGAGACUUGGUGAAUUUUUUAACAAUAAUUUGCAUUCCUAAAACAAAUUACACUUUUACAGUGAAAUUGUGACCCCAUUGAUUUCAACUAUAAAUCAGGAUAAUUUAGGAAUAAUACAUACUUUAGAAGGAUUAUUAAAAACAUCCAGUUUUACACAUUGUAUAAUAUGUUAUGCUAUGUAUCCCCAAAUUAAAAACAUCAACUGAGUAAGGCAGUAGACCUGUGUAUCGGUUCUGAAAAACUACAGGAGCAGUGAAAUAAACUUUACAGAAAAUAUGAGGAGAGAGAAAUAUGUACUGAGCAACAUUGUCUAAUGUAAAGCCACACACAAUACAGACAUUUAAAGCCACAAACAGGCCACUGAGCAUAGGAAGAAUGUUCUUUUACACAUAAAUGCACACACACUUUCUGCUUACAACUCUGUAUUAUGGCUAAGAUAUGUGACUGAAAAAAAAUGCAUGUAUGAAUAUUAGGAGUUUAUAGCAUAGUUACACUUUGGUGGGGACAUCUUACACUGAAUAAGUAGAAUCUUGACUGUGCACUGGACAUAUUACUUUUCUCUGUGUCAAAAGGAUUCAUAUGCAGAAGGAAGUGACAAAAGAAGAACAAAAGUCAUGCUGAUUACACUAUCUUGUUUUUCUAAGUGUGGAACACCUUGAAGAAUGAAGACAGUGUACUACAGAAAAUCCAACUCAAAUGCAUGUGUGUGAUUACAACUUUACCAUGCUCUGUGAAAAAGCGAGAAGUCUCUGUGGUGAAUACUAGUCAGAGUGCUAAGCUGAACAUGACCAUUCUUGAAAAGCACAACUUCCAGAAAGAUUCUGUUAAAAUGGUGUAUUUCUUGAGUGAAAUCAGUAUUUCCAGUCCUAUAGAUUUUGAGCAGGUGAUCAUACAGAUAAAUAAAAUUCUUUGUGAUGAGAAUUGGAACAAUGUGUCUAAAAAGAUAUUCCUCUUUACUGAUAUUUUAUGGACAUGAAGGACACAUGCAUAUGCUCUAUACGUAUACAUUUGUGACAUACUUUUAAAUUUCCUUUACAAUUUUCAGACUCUUCAGAUGAGAUCCACUUCUAACACAUGUACAAUAUUCCAAAACAUUUAAAUCCUCAGAAAUGACUGGAAUGCCUUUCAAUUAAUACAUUCAAGGAAACGUGAUGAAAUGAGUAUUUAUAGAAAGUGCACAGUACUUUCUUAGAGCUUCAGGUGUGGUAAAAAAAAAAAAAAAAAAAAAAGAAAAGACAACUGUUAAACCAGAAUAGCUUUGUAUUCCUAUUUAGAUAAGUCCUUCCAAAUUGUAGCACACUCACUUGAAUGUCAAACUUUCUUUUGACUUGAAAGUCAAAUGAUUUAAAUGACAGUAUUGUAAGUUUGACCUCAUACACCUUUGCAAACUGGUUUGUGCAUUCAUAGUUCAGGAACCAACACGUAAUUCAUUGCUCUCUGACUUACAGUGUGAAUGUUAAAGAGUUUUUCCCCAUUAAAGAAAUAUGUUAAGAAAAUUUAAGAGUUGGUGUGAAGUCGAAUACUGCAGUAUUUGUUAAGGCAAAUAAUUUCAUUUAUUCAAGCAGGUCAUUAGUAUGUCUAAUGAGGACCACAGAAGCAAGGCAUGCGCACAUUUACUCUGUCUCAUUUUCAAGAAAACCUUUCUCACCAGUACUAGGCACUACUCCUAACUGAUAAGAAACAUAUAUGACUGAGAAAUAUAAACUAAUGGAAAUCUGAGAAAGGGGAGAUAUUCCCAAUUAUUACAGUUAUUCUAAUAAUAUACAGUUGAGCAAGCAAUUAAAAAGGUAGUGAAGCUUUUCAUUUUAAAGGUCCCUAGCAAGCAUAUAUUUUAUUUCCCAUUCACAAGAAAUUAGUUUUAGGCAGUUUUUCACUUACAUCUGCAUUGUAGGUUAAUUUUGAAGACAAUUUUUUUUUUUCCUGAUUACAGGGCGUAGCACUAGGUUCAUGGUAUUCUCAGAUCUAAUUGGUCAUGAUGUUCAUUUGGAAGUCUGUCCAUUCACUGAUUUACUUUGUCACCUAUGAAAAGUUUGAGGGAUAGGCUACUUUAUGUGUGAUACUUAACUUCAUAACAAAUUUGCAGUUGAUAUAUUUCUGUAACUUUCUGCUUUGGUUUUGACAUUCCUUUUUAUAAUUUAACAUUAUGAACAGGUGGAAAAUGGAGUAAAUUUAAAGCAGAGAAAAUUAUAUUUAUUUCUUGCUACAUUUAUAGCAAUGGUAAGACUUUUUUUAGCAGAAGACAAAAUUUAAGAGUACUGAGUUAAGAAAUCUUAAACAAUUUUGCUAUCACUUUUAAGUUGAAUUAAUUAUUUUUCAACUUUUAAUUACAGUAGUCAUGCUGAGAAGUUGAGGUGCAAAGACUGGAUAAACUCAGGUUUGUGGUUAUAGGAAUUUUGUGUUUACAGGUUCAGUUUUAUAGAUUAUUACUAGUAGCUGCACAAAGAGAAGGGGACAAGUGUUUCUUCUUUCUUCCUCAAGUACGUCAGAUUCCCUUCUAUAGUGAUCAAGGAAGAAGACAGCUAUUUCAAAGAAAUCUCCCUCAAAAAACAGGUGUCUAGAACAGAAGGAAAAUAACUGGUGUCAUGGCAUUUUUUUUUUGACUACAGAAGCUGGCAGAUGCAGAGCUGGAUCAUUUUAUGAGGGAUGCAGCAAGUAAGAGGUGCUCUGCAGCAUUAUAUAGGACCUCUGGUUUGUACAGGAGCCUGAUAAAGUACCUUCCCUAGGUGCAUCUUCUUGGAGGUCUGUAACAAAAGGCACAACCCGUGCUUAUAAAAGCAAGGAAUGAUCUGAGUUUUAUCUUGUUUUGUGGGUCUUUAAUUACCAUUUCCUGUAAGUCCUGGAGUUCCAGGUACACCAUUGUGUUCAAGGAGUGGGUAACAAGGCAAAUUUGGAAGGUCACAUUUUUGAUGACUCCUUUUAUCAAUGCAAAUAUUAAUAAGGUGCCUGCAAACAAAAUUCCAGACCACAGCAGGUGUGAUCAUUUGUGUUAGGGGUCAGAUCAGACACUUCUACUUUCAGUUUAGAUGUCUAUUAUUUUCUCCAUUAUUCCUUGUCCAAUUAAUUGUUUUCUUAACAUUUCUUAACAUUUGAAACUAAGUAUUUACUAUUGCUUAUUUGUCACAAUGCAAGGAAAAAGUUUCUACAAAACCAUUAUACCUGCAAACUGUGAUGAAGAUUACCCAGCAAAGCUAAGCUACAGAAAUGCUGGCAGUCCAGUGAACAAUUUGUCAUGAAGUGAUAUGGAUUUUAUAAUGUGAUAUCCAUUCAGUUUAUACCCACACUAUGAAAAAUCCAGAGGCACUAAUCUCAUUUCUUCUAUGUCACAUCAACCUUCUCUAGCAUGAUUGGCUUAGAGGACAGAUUGCUGCUUGUUGCCUCACAUG